AUGACAGGAAGAGAACAUUCUACUGUUCAUGAAGCACAUCAUGUUCGUGCUAGACAAGCACCACAGCAUUUUUAUAAUUCCCAACCUGGUCCAGCCUAUGUUCAUGAUAUGGAAACUUAUAAACAAAUGUAUAAAGAAUCUAUUGAACAACCUGAAGAAUUUUUUGGUAAAAUGGGUCGUGAUUUCUUACAUUGGGAUAGACCGUUCACUAAAGUUCAAUCAGGUUCUCUAGAAAAUGGUGAUGUUGCUUGGUUUUUAAAUGGUGAACUAAAUGCAUCUUAUAAUUGUGUUGAUAGACACGCUUUUGCUAAUCCAAAUAAACCUGCUCUUAUUUAUGAAGCUGAUGAUGAAUCAGAAAAUAAAGUUAUUACUUUUGGUGAAUUAUUAAGAGAAGUAUCAAAAGUCGCAGGUGUUUUAAAAAGUUGGGGUGUUAAGAAAGGUGAUACUGUCGCAGUUUAUUUACCAAUGAUUCCUUCAACUGUUAUUGCUAUGCUUGCAAUUGCUAGACUUGGUGCAGUUCACUCUGUUAUCUUUGCUGGGUUUUCUUCUGGUUCAAUGAAAGAUCGUAUUGUUGAUGCUGGUUGUAAAGUUUUAAUUACUUGUGAUGAAGGUCGUAGAGGUGGUAAGACUAUUCAUACAAAAAAAAUUGUCGAUGAAGGUUUAAAUGGCGUCGAUUCAGUUUCUCACAUCCUUGUCUUUCAAAGAACUGGUACUGAAGGUAUUCCAAUGAAAGCAGGUAGAGAUUUUUGGUGGCACGAAGAAAUUGCUAAACAAAGAGGUUAUUUACCACCCGUAUCUUGUAAUUCUGAAGAUCCUUUAUUUCUUUUAUAUACUUCAGGUUCUACAGGUUCUCCUAAAGGUGUGGUUCAUUCUACUGGUGGUUAUUUAUUAGGUGCAGCUUUAACCACUAGAUACGUCUUCGACAUUCAUCCAGAAGAUGUCUUAUUCACUGCAGGUGAUGUUGGUUGGAUUACUGGUCAUACUUAUGCUUUGUAUGGUCCAUUAGCUCUAGGGACUACAUCAAUUAUCUUUGAAUCUACUCCUGCUUAUCCAGAUUAUGGUAGAUAUUGGAGAAUUAUUGAACGUCAUAAAGCUACUCAUUUCUAUGUUGCCCCAACUGCAUUAAGAUUAAUUAAACGUGUAGGUGAACAAGAAAUUGGUAAGUACGAUAUCUCUUCAUUAAGAGUCUUAGGUUCAGUUGGUGAACCAAUUUCUCCUGAAUUAUGGGAAUGGUAUCAUAAGACUAUUGGUAAUGAAAAUUGUGUCAUUUGUGAUACUAUGUGGCAAACUGAGUCUGGUUCUCAUUUAAUUGCUCCAUUAGCUGGUGCAGUACCAACUAAACCAGGUUCUGCAUCUGUACCAUUCUUUGGUGUUAAUGCAGCUAUCAUUGAUCCUGUUACUGGGGUCGAAUUAGAAGAAAAUGAUGUCGAAGGUGUUCUUGCUGUCAAAUCUCCAUGGCCUUCAAUGGCUAGAUCCAUAUGGAAUAACCAUGCCCAUUAUAUCAAUACAUACAUGAAACCUUACCCAGGUUAUUAUUUCACAGGGGAUGGUGCCGGUAGAGAUCAUGAUGGUUAUUACUGGAUUAGAGGUAGAGUUGAUGAUGUUGUUAACGUUUCUGGUCAUAGAUUAUCAACUGCUGAAAUUGAAGCUUCUUUAGCUAACAAUGAAGCUGUCUCUGAAUCUGCCGUCAUCGGUAUCACUGAUGAACUUACAGGUCAAGCCGUCAUUGCUUUUGUCUCAUUAAAGAAUCAAACUCACCCGGCAAAUCCAUUAGAAAAUGAAUCUCCAAUGGCUGAUUUACAUCGUGAAUUGAUUUUACAAGUCAGAGGUGAAAUUGGUCCAUUUGCUUCUCCAAAAUGUAUUAUCAUCGUUAAGGAUCUACCAAAGACAAGAUCAGGUAAAAUAAUGAGAAGAGUACUAAGAAAAGUCGCUUCUAAUGAAGCUGAUCAAUUAGGUGAUUUAUCAACUUUAGCUAAUGCUGAUAUUGUUCCAUCUAUUAUCGAUGCUGUUAACGUACAAUUCUUAAACAAACAAAAGAAGUAA